UGCAAAGACAGGUCAGCCAAAGGAGACGCUAUGUGAGUCUUGCAAGAUUAUGCAUUUGAACGUCCAGAGAGUUGGUAGCCUCGACUUGUGUCCCUACUGCAAGGCGCUCUUCGACGACGACGGCACCUUCCGUUUCAAACGUGGCGGUCAAUACGGCUUCGAACGUUACAAACGCGUAAAGGUGUUGUGCUUCGACGGUGUGUGGUAUUCGGCAAUGAUGGUGGAUUUUAAGAACGGUAGAAUUCGAGUGCACUACGAAGGUUGGAGCGAUAAGUUUGACGAGUGGAUAUUGGCCGGAAGUAAGAGAAUUAAGGACAUGACCUUGGAAGAAAUGUUGGAGGAAAAGAAAAUCUCGGAGAAUAUUAGUAGCAGCAAUAAUAGUGAUAAUAAUUAUUAUGAGAUUGGUGGUAUCGAAAAAAUAAAAGAGAAUGAAAUGAUAUUUAAACCGCAGAAUAAGAAAAGGGUACGUCGUAAGAGAAGCAGCAGCAAUCUUUCCAGUUCAUCCACCUCAAGUCUCACAAGUCUUUCGGAUCUUUCAAGUGACAGCACGUCACAAUCCGACGUGCCAACCACAAAGAAGAACAAUAAAAAGGAUGUUGAUUCGGAA